AGCAUCAAGGUGUCAUGGCAGCCGCCCCCCCGCAGCGCCCAGAACGGCAUCAUCUCCGCCUACAAGAUCAAAUACAGAAAGACCGGUCGCCGUGGAGACCAAGAGGCCAUCGAACCAAACAACUUUUGGUACCUGUUCACAGGUCUGGAUAAAGGCAGCCAGUACAGUUUCCAGGUGGCAGCCAUGACGGCCAAUGGAACGGGUCCGGCCAGUGAUUGGUUCAACGCGGAGACACCGGAGAAUGACCUGGAUGAGAGUCAAGUGCCCGACCAGCCCAGCUCUCUGCACGUCAGGCCGCUGCCAAACAGCAUCAUCAUGUCCUGGACCCCCCCCCUCAGCCCAAACAUCCUGGUUCGAGGUUACAUCAUCGGCUACGGAGUGGGAAGUCCCUAUGCCGAGACGGUGCGAGUGGACAGCAAACAGAGAUACUACUCCAUCGAAAACCUUGAGCCCAGCUCGCACUAUGUCAUCUCCCUGAAGGCUUUCAAUAACGCCGGAGAGGGAGUCCCUCUGUACGAAAGCGCCGUCACACGAUCUCUGACAGACCCUAUAGACCCAUCUGAGGAUGACCACUUCCACAUCUUUGAUAAAUACCCCACUCCCAUGCCAGACACCAGUACUCCCAUGAUCCCCCCUGUCGGGGUCCAAGCCGUGGCUCUCUCCUCGGACUCGGUCCGUGUCUCCUGGGCCGACAACUCCAUGACCAAGAACCAGAAGGCGUCUGAGGUCCGGUACUACUCCGUCAAGUGGAAGACCAGCUACUCCACCAGCGGGAAGUACAAGUCUGCAGACACCACGGCGCUCACCCACACUGUCACCGGCCUCAAACCAAACACCAUGUACGAGUUUGCUGUCAUGGUAACCAAAGGUCGCAAGUCCAGUACGUGGAGUAUGACAGCGCACGCAACAACGUAUGAAGCAGCUCCUAGUUCUGCCCCCAAAGAUCUGACAGUGAUCAGUCGGGAGGGACGACCCCGCGCCAUUCUGAUCAGCUGGCAACCGCCCAUGGAGGCUAACGGACGAAUCACAGGGUACAUCCUGUACUACACGCUGGACAAGAACAUGCCGAUCGAUGAUUGGGUGAUGGAGGCCAUCUCAGGGGACAGACUGACCCAUCAGGUGGUGGAUCUGAACCUGGACACGGUCUACUACUUCAGGAUCCAGGCCAAGAACGCCAAGGGAGUGGGUCCGCUGUCUGAGCCAGUCCACUUCAGGACCGCCAAGGUUGAACAUCCUGACAAGAUGGCAAAUGAUCAAGGUAGGCUUUUCCCCACCCAAAAAGGGGGAGACCACGCCUACUGGCCGUCUGACGCCAACCUGAUUGACAGGAGCAGCAUCAAUGAGUCUCCCAUUGGUCAGAUGCGCCCCCCCCACGGCAGCGCCACGCCUCAGAAGAACAGUAACCUGCUGGUGAUCAUCGUGGUGUCGGUGGGGGCCAUCACUGUGGUGGUGGUGGUCAUCGUGGCCCUCAUCUGCACCCGGCACUCCUCCGCCCAGCAGAGGAAGAAGAGAGCGAGCCACAGUGCCAGUAAGAGGAAAGGCAGCCAGAAGGACCUGCGGCCCCCUGACCUGUGGAUCCACCAUGAGGAGAUGGAGAUGAAGAACAUGGAGAAAGCUCCGAGCAUCGCCCCGUCCGGACGUGAUUCACCCAUCCAGUCCUGCCAGGACCUCCCCCAAGUGGCACACAGCCAAUCAGAGAGCCAGAUGGGCAGUAAGAGCAGCCACUCAGGAGCUGACGGAGACGAGGCCUCCAGCUGUAUCUCCACCCUGGACCGCUCGCUGACUGGCAGGAGGGGAACACGAGGCAAAAUGAUGAUUCCUAUGGACUCACAGCCGAGCAACACACCGGUGGUCAGUGCCAUCCCGGUGCCGGCCCUGGACUCCUCUCAGUACCCGGGCAUCCUGCCGUCCCCCUCCUGUGGCUUCACACACAAUAAGUUCAGCCUGAGACCCAUGCCCUUCCCCAGCCUGACCGUGGACCGAGGAUACACACCAGCCAUGACUGCAGAGGCCUCCACCAACCCUCUGCUCCAGCAGCAGCCCCCCCCCCAGCCGGUGGCUCCACUCCUCCCCGGGUCCUCUGCCCUGCCCGGGGACCAUGUUCCUGGGGUCGUUGCCAUCCCAGGGGCCCCUGCUGCUGCCGCCCCAGAGGAGGUCCAGACAGGAAGUGGGCGGACCAUCCCCACAGCCUGCGUGCGGCCCACCCACCCCCUCCGGAGCUUCACCAACCCACUGCUGCCACCCCCCAUGGGGACCAUCGACCCAAAAGUGUACACCUCCAUGCUGCCGCAGUCGAGUUCCAGCCUUCCGAAGCCCCAGGUGAAGACAGCGUCUCUGGGUCAGGCGGGUAAGGCGCGCUCCCCUCUGCUGCCCGUCUCCGUCCCCACAGCGCCAGACCUACAGGAGGAGGGGGGGGGGCAGACCUCAGAGGACUCAGCUGCCAACGUUUACGAGCAGGACGACCUCUCGGAGCAGAUGGCCAGUCUAGAAGGGCUGAUGAAGCAGCUCAACGCCAUCACCGGCUCCGCCUUCUAACCCUCUGACCCCGGAUCGGCCCAGCCAUGGUUCACUCUGGAACCCGUCUUCAAGCCCUGAUGUCACCUGCUGUCCAUUUUCCAAGGGGGGCAACAUGUCCAUCUGGGACUGAAGACUGUGGAACGGGACCUCUCUGUGCUGGGUUGAGUGUGUUUGGUUUCUACUUGUCUCGGCUGGUGUCUUCUGUUUGGGAUAUGAUGGAAGGAAUAAAACGGAUGAACACUACAGCGGCACAGCAUCAACUCCAAGAACAGGACAAGGGUGGAGGGGCUUCUUUAGGAGUUCAAACUGAAACCCAUCUACACUCUUCAACCUCAAAAAACAAACCAGAAAAACCCAAUGCUUAGCCCCCGGGCUUACUUACACAGGAAGAUGGGAUUAUCACAAAAAAGACAAAGUUCUAAUAUCCCUCCUGUUUAUCUUCUUUUUGGUAUUUAUUAGCGUUCCUCUCCGCUGAGUUCUACAAACUCAGUUACUGUGACUGUACCUCACUGUUGUUCAUCAUCGCUGUGGGAAGUAUUCCUUUUGUCCUUCUUUGGUAUUCCACCUUUGUGCAGUUUGUGCACCAAAGUGUCUCCAAAACCUUAUUUGUGUCAUUAAGAUCCAAAGUCGCCACAAAAUGAUUCUCUCCAGCAUAUUUUUGCCUUUUCUCUAUAUCUCUUUUUUUCUAUCAAACAGAACUGUAUGAUUUUACUGGACGACCAUCCCUCAUAUCCCAUGCAGCCCUUCCACCUCUGGAUUCUGAGGUUUAAAAAAACAGGCAGAAACACGUGUGGGAACAUUCUAUAGUGGUCUGACCUCUCCUACAGGACUGGAUGAAGCUCUGUAGACCCCCACAGUCUGCUGCUGCUCUUCACCAAGCCUGGACUCACUGAGACCUCCCAUCUUUACCGUCAAGCACUCGUGCCAAAUUCUCGUCUUGAAAACUUGUGGAAACCAUUUUUUUUUCUUCGCUCCUUGUUCAAGCCUGCCUAACCAACCGAGUGAAUGGAAAGCAGAAAAUAUGAUGCGUGUGAAAAACGGUUAUUAGAAAUGUAAUGUAUAUGAAGGUUGGUUUUUAAAGGUACAUGGUGAUUGGUCCUUUUGAUAAAGGUGUUCAAAUGCGUUCUUAGCACCUCAUUCACAAUUUGUCACGUUGGAUUCGAUAAAUGUCACAGUCAGUGCAAGGUGUCGCCCCCUGCUGCUUGGAGUACUGAAGAACAGUGCUAAUGCAGAGAAGUGAAGCGAGACUGUGGUGUUGGCUUUGGUACACACGUUCAUUUGUUCAAGAGGAAGUUCCAUUUUAGAUGCCCAGUCAUUGUAGUGAGUUAUAUAAAACAUACAUCGGCUGCACCGACUAACACAAUGCUAUUUAUCAAAACAUUAUCAAAAUUAUAAUCCCCACAAUCUCAUUUGGUUUUCUUAAUUAACUAUACAAAUACAAUUAGGUGUUCUUGUGAUGUAAUCAAUUGUAAAGGAGGUUGUAUAGCAACAGGAUCAAGAAUCAAGUUAUUAUUAUUAUUAUUGUUGUUGUUGAGAUUAGAGAGGCCAGUGGGCAGCAGAUGAUGGUGUGUGUUUGGAGGCUGCUUUUGAUGAAUCCAUAUUUAUUUUUCACCAGACAAACACACAUGUACCUCGUCCACCUGGAUCGCCCACACGGCAGAACCGCCUGCUUCACUUUGAGUUUACUUCAGGGCGUUCCGUUUUUAUAUAAAAUAAAGGAAACAAAAUGUGAGAAGAACAUGCACACGAAUGCAUAUUCCACAAAGUAUAUUUUUGCAUAUGCUGUCCUGUCAGAACUGUGUUUUUUUAAUCAGGUUUUAUCAAACACACUUCCACAGAGAGCUACUGUUUCAUGAGCCACGAUUCAAAUGAACAGCUCAUUGUGCUGGGUUUGAGGACGCCCUCUGGAACAUGAGGUCAGAGAGCAUCCACCUUCACUUCUUUAAAACUACAUCUGUAUUGACAGCAGGAAAGAGAAAUCAGAUUUGCAUAAUUAGUGUGAGAAUAAAUGGGCUGUGAUAUUUUUGGAGUGUGCACGAAUGCAGUUAAAAUAACAAAUGAUUCCUUAAUCAGGGGAGGGGGAAAUGGGCCAUCAGUAUGCUCCAUAUUUGACUGUGUAACCCCAGCCACCAUAUUGUCAUUUUCAGACCUUUAUCUUUGUGCGAUGAAAGGAGGAAGCCUGGGGGAGACAGAGAGAGUGAAGCAGAGGAGGUGAAUUGAUAUUCAGAGGUGGUUUGUAUGUGCGAGCGAGGGCACGGACGAACGAGGCAGAGAAUUCAUUAUGAAGCCGUUUCAAAUAUUAUCAUUCAAGCUCACGUUCACUGGGCUGUUAGGGCUAUGGGGAAAAGUCUUGCGGAUGGAGGGAUGGAAAGGUAACGUCUCUGCAGAACGAGCAUGGGAUGAAAGGUGAGGGAGCGCAGGCAGGCGGGCAGUGUGGGAUCAAACUCAUCAGCGUGUUCUGCCAGAAACAUCCAGUCUGAGCCAGCUUUAUACAGAGUCACACUCCUCUCCUCCUGCAGACAGAUGGAAGGAUCCAACGCUGCCGGGCCACACUGAGAUUCCAUUUAAAGAAAGAAAAUCUGAUUCCAGCAGAAAAUUCUAAAUGAAAUGUCUUGCAGUGUCAAAAGGGGAAAAUACAUAUGAAAACAGAGGAAAUGAGUUAAAGGGUCAAAUUGAAACACAUUUUAGUUCAUCAAACAUAACUGACUGUUCUCUAAAUCAUCCAUUUCCUCUGCAUAGAUGUACACUACUAUCACAAGUUGACAGUGUUGAUGUCGACUGUGAGGGUUUCUGUUUCUCAAAACGGAACCCUGAGUCAUGCUGGGUCCAAAUCGUUCUACUGGGUCUCAGGUGUGUAUGUGAGAAGGCCUUAUGCCCUCCUGUUCUCUUUAUCUGACUAAAAUGAAUCAUCGUUGUGACUCGGCCAACAGAAACUAAAUCUCUGAAAGGUGAUUUUCCUGGAAAUGAACUGAAAGCAGGUUGGAACGUAUUUAAAAACCUAUGUAGGAUUUAGAAAAUGAUCAGCAUAUGAACAUUUCCAAAGUUUUAUUUACUAAGGCUUUGAACUUAUUAUUGAUAAUUCUACUUAAGUAUUCUCAUCAUUUGAAUGAAGAAUAGAAUUAGCUGUUCACCUGUGUCAUCGUCCAGAUGUCUGAUUAAAAGUCACGAGGCCUUUCCGUUGGGGAGUUGUGUGUGUCCAGCUGACUGGACACACACUUCUUAUCAUGGUUCAUUUGUCCUUACCCGUUUUUGUUGACGUCAAGAUACAUAGGACAUCCUACGUGCCUUUAUUGUUCUUUCUCUGUAUUUACUCACUUUAUUUGAAGCCUCUGUGAAUUUCAAAAAAUGUGCUGGGUGUAUGUUCAUUUGUUCCUCCAGCACGGCCGACACAGAGGGAAUAGAUGAGACGUUCUGCUCUGCUCAGGGUUUUCCCCAGAAGCACUGUGUCCCUUUGAAACCGCCCGAAGAGAGCUAAUGGUUAUUUUACUUCAGUGGCACCGAUGCAGCAUUUCAGCAGCUGGCUGGAAACAGAAACAUAGGCUAUGCGUAGAGGAAAGAAGACUAAACGAAGGGAACCUGCGGUAUCCUUUAAAACUUUAAAAAGGAAAGUGUUGACAUGUUAUGGGUGGAUGAGAUCAGUUGAGUUUAAUAGAAAUAAUGAAAAUCACUGCCUGUUCCAGGGGAAGAGAAUACACCUGAACGCGUUGAAAAGGACAAGUAUUUGAUUUAAAGUUAAUGAUACAUCCCAAAAUAAUAGAAUGCAUUUCCAACUGAUCCCAGAACAGUGAGGUAACAUUUUCUCCUCAAAAACAUGUUAAUAAAGAGUCAACUUUACCAUUCAGUGCCAGUGAAACACAGACCAAAUUCAUUGUGUCAUUUAUGAGUGGAGACAGUUGGACUUUUUUUAACACAGGAGAUUAAAGGAGGCGGUUUUGAUGUUGUGCAUAUUUCUGCGUUAAAGUGAACACCUUCUUGUUUUUCCUGUUGGCUCUACAUGUGUGUUUUACUGUGGAGAGACGUGUAGCUGCAGCAGAACUACAUGACAGAACGCUGCUUUUUUACAGUGUACAGUUCCAAUAGAGUAGUAACUUUUUUAUAACCAAAUUUAAUAUAUUGUUAUUAUUAUUAUUUCUUUAUUUCGAGUGCUCUUUAAAAAAUAUUAUUUAUAACCAUGUGAAACGUUAAUUUAGUUUAGCAAAGAACAAAAUGAAAAAGGACUGAGGAGGUUUGUGUUUUCAUUUUCAUUUGUUGCCUUAAAAUGUUUUAGUAUUUUUUUUUUUAAAUAAUAUUGUAGGACGAUUAUUUCUAAAGCAAACCUUGAAAUGGUUUGUCACUCUGAGGACACACAGUCACCACUCUUUAGUUUAUUUUCAGUCUAUAAUAUGUAGGUCAAUGCCAUCUAUGCAGUUUUCAUUUCUAACUAUAACCUGUAUAUAAUGUUAGGGUCGUGAUGGUGAUCCAGCAGUAGUGUAACAGCUGAGGUCUAGGUCAUUUUGGGAAGAAUCUUGGUUAAUAUUUAUCACAGCCAACUUUUAGUCCAAGUUAGUAAAACAUGAUUUGUAUUUGAUGGAUUGAAACACACCUGGUCCUUUACAAAAACCUGGUUCUGUGGUGACUGUGUGAAACUCAGAAACACCAACCAGACCUGAUCAGGUGGAAACUGUCUCCAAGGGAAACUCAACUUCAUUACCUUCUUUCUUUUGGGGCUUCACUCCUCUGUGGGAAGCAUUGAGGAUCAAAAUGGGACAAAUUACACUGUCAAAAAAAACAUGUGAAGUUGGUCAGGGGUGUGCUGACUUUGAAAGUGUCCUGAUGGUGUGAAGUCUCCUCCGCCAGCUCAGCGCCACGGCUUUCAAAAGAGAAAAAUAAAUAAUGGGGGUGGGAAAAAAAGUAAAGAAUGAUUUCGACCCCAUCUCAUCAGGGUGAAAGGGGCCAAAUUAAAGCGGCCCUUAUCUCCUCUCACACAGACAAUUACUUCGUUUCCAGAACAUCAUUGUUUGACAGAAGAGAGUCAGAGUCUCUGAGUAAAUACACUUUGACUUUGCCCUUUAAAAAAUGUCCAAUCCUAAAGUCAUUAUAACCAAAUUAGCUUAGUGACGGCAAUAUAAGACUGUACAUUUAGUCAUUCUAGUGAGGACGGGGACAGAUGAUGGGAUUGUGAUGAUGAUGCUGAUGAUGAUGCUGAUGAUGAUGAAGAUGAUGAUGAUGAUGAUGAAAAAGUGAAGUUUCUAUCCACAAUGUUGUAUACAAUUGCUGGUUUUGUAAUGCACUGUAGAACAGUCCCAUGAUCCUUUUUUAUAGAAAUGUUAUUUCAAUUGUGCAUUCUUUUGGUUUGAUAAAUAAAGUUUUGAUACAAAAGCAAA